AUGGGAGUUCGAGGAGCGUUCCACCUUCUGCUUGUGUGCCUGAGCCCAGCGCUGCUGUCUGCUGUGCGGAUCAACGGGGAUGGCCAGGAGGUCUUGUACCUGGCAGAAGGUGAUAACGUGAGGCUGGGCUGCCCUUAUAUCUUGGACCCUGAGGACUAUGGUCCCAAUGGCCUGGACAUCGAGUGGAUGCAGGUCAACUCAGACCCCUCACAUCGAGAGAACGUGUUCCUUAGCUACCAGGACAAGAGGGUCAACCAUGGGAACCUCCCCCACCUGCAGCAGAGGGUCCGCUUUGCAGCCUCAGACCCCAGCCAGUAUGACGCCUCCAUCAACCUCAUGAACCUGCAGGUGUCUGACACAGCUACCUAUGAAUGCCGGGUGAAGAAGACCACCAUGGCCACCCGGAGAGUCAUCGUCACCGUUCAAGCCCGUCCUGCCGUGCCCAUGUGCUGGACCGAGGGCCACAUGACCCAUGGCAACGACCUGGUGCUGAAGUGCUUCGCCAACGGGGGCUCGCAGCCCCUGUCCUACAAGUGGGCCAAGAUCAGUGGACACACUCAUCCGUACCGUGCUGGGUCCUACCACUCCCAGCACAGCUUCCACUCUGAGCUGUCCUACCAGGAAUCCUUCCAUAGCUCCAUAAAUCAAGGCGCAAGCAACGGGGACAUGGUGUUGAAGGACAUCUCCCGGAGCGAUGACGGGCUGUAUCAGUGCACCGUGGCCAACAACGUGGGCUACAGCGUGUGUGUAGUGGAGGUCAAGGUCUCAGACUCCCGGCGCGUGGGCAUGAUCAUCGGUGCGGUGCUGGGCUCCCUGCUCAUGCUGGCCUGCCUGGCCGUGGGCAUCUGGGGGCUGGUCUGCUGCUGCUGCGGGGGCGCCGGGGCUGGGGCCCGCGGUGCCUUCCGGUUCGCCGGGGUCGGCGGCGGGGCCUGCGGCGACUUGGCUAGUGAGAUCAGAGAGGACGCCGUGGCGCCCAGGUGCAAGGCCAGCGGGCGCGGGAGCAGCGUCACCCAUCUUCUGGGGUACCCGACGCAGAACGUCAGCCGCUCCCUGCGCCGCAAGUACGCGCCUCCGCCCCCAGAGGACGUGGCCCUGGCGCCCUGCACCGCCGCCACCGCUGCCUGCGAAGCGGGCCCCUCCCCGGUCUACGUGAAGGUCAAGAGCGCCGAGCCGGCCGAGUGCGCCCAGGCGCCGCAGCCGUGCAAGGACGGCCUCUUGGUGUGA